AUUAUGUAGGAAGGUCAGUGAAUGCAGGAAGUGACAGUGUGUGUGAAGAAGGCUGCUGCUGGGUGACACACGUGCUGGAUCAGGACACCCACUGCGGGCACACAGGGGUCUCCCUACUGCACAGCCAUUGCAUCUGAGCAUAAGAUUUACCUGGACAUAAUUUGGGUCUCGCUCCUUCUCAGCAAUGCAUACUCCAGUAUAUGCCAGAGCAUUGACUAUGUGAAGUAUAGGAAAAAAGAUUUAUGGACAAUUGAGAAGGAUUCCCACUAACAAUAAAAGAAGACAUUGUGGAAAGGGACAUUGUUCUCUGAUCAAGCCAACUCCAGACGUCAUUUCUUCUUACACCUCUGGGGGAUUCACAAAAGCUAUUCUCAUUAUCUGGAUAGAAAAACAUCAAACCACUAAUUUGUUUCUCAUCUGAUACAUGAUGAGUCUCACAGGAGAUAAACCACAUCUGUGCUCUGAGUGUGACAGAAGCUUUACCUGUAAAUCACAUCUUCUCAGACAUCAGAGGAUUCACACAGGAGAGAAACCAUUUACAUGUUCUGAAUGUAGCAAAUGUUUUUCCAAGACUGCAGAGCUUGUUAGACAUCACAGGAGUCACACAGGAGAGAAACCAUUUAAAUGUUCUGAAUGCAGCAAGUGUUUUUUUAAAAAGUCUAAGCUUGUUAGACAUCAGAAGAGUCACACAGGCGAAAAACCAUUUACAUGUUCUGAAUGCAGCAAAUGUUUUUCCCAGAAGGUACAUCUUGUUUUACAUCUGAGGAGUCACACAGGAGAGAAACCAUUUAAAUGUUCUGAAUGCAGCAAGUGUUUUUCUGAGAAGGCAGAGCUUGUUAGACAUCUGAGGAUUCACACAGGAGAAAAACCAUUUAAAUGUCUUGAAUGCAACAAAUGUUUUUCUGAUAAGAAAAUUCUUGUUAGACAUAAGAUGAUUCACACAGGAGAGAAACCAUUUAAAUGUUCUGAAUGCAGCAAGCGUUUUUCUGAGAAGGCAGAGCUUGUAAGACAUUUGAGGAUUCACACAGGAGAAAAACCAUUUAAAUGUCUUGAAUGCAACAAGUGUUUUUCCGAAAAGAAAUAUCUUAUUAGACAUCAGAGAAUUCACACAGGAGAGAAACCAUUUAAAUGUUCUGAAUGCAGUGAGUGUUUUUACCAGAAGGCAGAGCUUGUUAGACAUGAAAGGAUUCACACAGGAGAGAAACCAUUUACAUGUUUUGAAUGCAGCAAGUGUUUUUCCCAUAAGAAAAAUCUUAUUAGACAUCAGAUGAUUCACACAGGAGAGAAACCAUUUAAAUGUUCUGAAUGCAGUAAGUGUUUUUCCCAUAAGAAAAAUCUUAUUAGACAUCAGAUGAUUCACACAGGAGAGAAACCAUUUAAAUGUUCUGAAUGCAGCAAGUGUUUUACGAAGAAGGAAACACUUGUUAAUCACAUGAGGAGUCACUGAGGGCCUGAAUGCAACAAGUGUUUCAUAAGUAAGGGAACUUGUAUCACUACAAUAUGCACGCAAGGGAGACAAUUUUUUUUCUGAAUGUGGCAAGUGGUUUAUAUAAAUAAUUCUUGAUAAAGACAGGGGAGUCCUGACAUGUGGACUUCCAGUAAGCUGGGAACACACUGAGUGAUAUGCAGCUUUGAUCCACCAGAUCAGACACCAAAUCACUCAGAAUGGAGCAUAUCGGGCAGUGUGUAUUCCCAAUACGUGCGCUCCCACAGUUGCUAGUGAUAUCUCUAGUGUCCUUGUUUAUGCUAAUGAAGGACAUAACACAGUUGUUCUGUUCUUCAUUAACAUCGCUGCAGUGUGUAUGAGCAAUCUGGACUGACUGCCAUUUGUCCUGAUGUCGUAAUGAUGCCCAUCGUCCCAGUGUGUACCCAGCUUUAUAGGUAGUUACCCCUUGGUUCAGUCUCUCUGUUACCAACUUAUAGUAAAGUGAAAUUGGGGUCUGCUGCACUGAAGGUGUGCGCCCAAAAACAGUGUUGGGCCUCAUGUCAGAGGGGGCGUGGCUUCUAAGUAGAUGCCAUGAUUGCCAGCCAUGCCCCUGAUUUCAUCACUGUGGGGGCAUACCAAGCCCUCUGGCAGCUGCUGGCCAUGCCCCCAGUCCCUCUUUCCACACAACAGAUACCUUGCAUGUGUGCACAGCUUCUAGUCACUGCUGCUGUCUUAAGCAGAUCCACAAGUGAGAGGACGGCCUCCCAACUUCCCUCCCACAGCCAAACCCUGUGACUCAUGGGAAGGACGGUAUCUGAAACAUUUAACUGUUCUGCCAAAAUGUGUACAUUUGGAAGUAAUGUGUUAUGUAUUAGAGCUGCAGUGUAACAGGCACUGGUGAUUGUGCUGCCAUUACUGAGCUCUGUAAUAAACAGCUGUUCUGCUGGUGCAGGUGCUGCAGUGACGUGCAGUGAGGUGAGGCAGAGCCUUCCCUGUCAUACUGACGUAUACACCAGAGUUAUGACUAUACAGAUUAUAUGAAAAAUAUAAAGAAUAUAUUAGAAAUAUCUUCUUUAUAUUAUUCUAUUCAUUAUUGUAGUCAAAACUCUGGAUUAGAAAGUCUAUGGCAGGUGAGGGAGUUCCGCCCCUGCCUACCUUUUCCACACAUCUCUGAUCAAAACUCACCAAAUUGCCAGUGGUAUAUAAGUAGUACCUGUGUAUAAUUCCUACAUGUGUAUAUACUGCUGCACCUGUGUGUAAUUCCUACAUGUGUAUAUACUGCUGCACCUGUGCAUGAUGGCCACAUGUGUAUAUACUGCUGCACCUGUGUAUAAUUCCUACAUGUAUAUACUGCUGCACCUGUGUAUAAUGCACACAUGAAGCUUUUGGAUCAUAUACUGUGUGUAAAUCUGGCUCUGGAACUAGCCAGUGCCUUCUGAGCCAUUUACCUCACCGCACAUCCCUGAGGUGCUGGGAGUAGUAGAGAGUUCCAGCAGCUCCUCUCAGUACUGGGAUUCCCUCUAUGACUGGCAGAGCUAUGAGUACUGGGUAUUUCUACAGGACCCCUGCAUGCUGACCUGUAUCAUUCUACAGGUCUCCUCUGCUCUGUCUUAUGCUGGGUACAUAGUAGAUGACAUUUCAAAUGAAUUUGCUGAUCAUGACCAUAUGUGCUGAACACAGAAUGUCCCUCCUCCCUCUUCCUCGCUGCUGACAUCGGUAAGUGUGUAUGCAUUUUCCAAUGUCGGCACCCUGCCGGGUCACGUCACUAGUGAGGUUGCCAGGUACACACAUUGUUUAGUGUGUCCCCAGCAUUACACCUCCUUAUUCUUUCCCUCCUUUCUAUUGCUUCCUUCCCUCUAUUUUGAAUACAGGUUGAGAAUCCCAUAUCCAAAUAUUCCGAAAUACAGACUUUUUGAGUGAGAGUGAGAUAGUGAAACCUUAGGUUUUUGAUGGCUCAAUGUACACAGACUUUGUUUAAUACACAUUAAAAAUAUUAUAUUAAAUGACCUUCAGGCUGUGUGUAUAUGAAACAUAAAUGCAUUCUGUGCUUAGACUUUGGUCCCAUUGCCAUGAUAUCUCAUUAUGAUAUGCAAUUAUUCCAAAAUACUGAAAAAUACGAUAUCCAAAAUACCUCUGGUCCCAAGCAUUUUGGAUAAGGGAUACUCAACCUGUACUAUGUAAUAUUGAGUAAAAUGUUGCAAUGAAGACGCUGGUCACCUGUCUCCCAUAGUAACUAAUCAUAGCAAAGCUAAGAAAUGCUGCAAUCACUAGAUAGCUAAUAAAGGAUAUCUGGUUGCUAUGGGUUACAGCACAUCCUUGUUUUUCAUACCUGUUAAAUAAGUACAAAGCAGAACACAUUGUGUACCAGGAAAAUAAUAAAGAUCCUUCAUCAUACAUUUUUUUAAACUAAUAAAAUAUACACGAUAUGACAUUGUACAUAGUCAUCUAACCUAGAUCUCUCCUGCAUGUAUACUGAUGAACCAUGUUAUAAUAUUAUCUGUAAUAAGCUUUUAUGUAACAAGCAGCGUCCCCAUAACACUUGUUGAAUAAAAACUGAUCUGGAUAAAUGU